GCCUCGCUGCACCAUCGGCUCUCCACCUCACACCCCGAAGAGCAUCCUGUCCGUCAUGGAAUCCCCAAGGAAGGAAUUGAUGUCUGCCCUUUCCACNNACUCCACUUGGGUGGUAAAUACUCUGAUCUUACCAUCAAGUGCAACUCUCGAGAAUAUGCCGUCCAUCGAGCCAUUCUUUGUUCGCGGUCUGGAUUCUUCGAUGGAGCCUGUAGCAACCAGUUUCGCGAGGCUCAGACCGGUCUGAUUGAUCUGAGCGAGGAAGAUGAAGAAGCGGUCGAGCACAUGAUCCANCUGCUGACGGGUGUUUUAGACUUCUACCACCUGGACUAUCUUGUUUCCGAGGACGAAGAGGAGCCAGCUUCUCCUGUCUUCCGUCACCGUGCGCAAGAGGCCCUCCGCCAGCGACCCCAAAAGCUUGACCUGUCUCACAUCGUGGAUCCUCUUUUCGCUCAAGCCGCUGCUUGCGCCCCACCCACGCCAGUCACGCCGUCGACGGAAGGUGUUGAUCCCCCUUCGCGCUCAAGGCAUGACUCGAGCGUUGACCACUCGCCACGUGCAACGAGCCCGAAAGGCAAGAGCGGACUUCGCGGCGCCGGUCCCGGCAGCGCUUCCAACUCUGGAUCUGAAUGCGAAUCUGACGAGGAUGAGGAGUGCGAGUACGAGACCGAUGAAUCGAACCUCCUUACUCAUACUCGCGUUUACGCAUUGGCGGAAAAGUACGACAUCCCUGCUCUGAAGGCUCUCGCAAAAAGCAAAUUCGAGAUGGCCAUGGCUUGCUACUACGACUCGCCAGAGUUUGCCGAUGCCAUCGAGGAAGUUUACUGCUCGACCAUCGACAGUGAUCGCGGUCUUCGCGAUGUUGUUAUCCAGGCUUUCAGGAAUCACCCUCAGCUUGCCAGCACCCAGGAUGUUUUCGGUGUCAUCAAGCGCACUCCGACUUUAGCCUUUGAGCUUUGGAAGACUGAGAGAGGAAUCCCGGUU